AUGAGCAAUCUGUACACCAAACGCAGUGUUGCGCAAAAAGACUCGCAGCCCUGUUUGGUGUGUUUUCUGCCCACAACAUGUGUGUUAUACAACUCGUCAAUUCAAGAUUGGUUUUACUGCUGUGAACUGCAUUUCAAAGACAAUCCCGGAUUUGCCAAACCAGUCUACUCGACAAACUAUAACGACGCAAUCGAAAGAUUAAAGGUAGUGAAGCAGAAGUUGGACGCUGAAAAGCUUAAGCAGGCCGGAUCAUGGGAUUCAUGGGUUAAUAAGCUCAUAUCCAAAAAAGCUAGCAAGGAAAGUCCCGAAAAGAUAACAGAACAAGGCACAGAAAGUCAAAAUGAAGAGGCCAAAACUGAAACUGCCACUGAAUUGCAGCUAAUGAGAAAUGAGUAUCAAAGGUUGACGGACGUGGUUUCCAAGGGCCAAAAAGAGUUGCGCUCUUUUACGUUGAGUCCUGUAAUGUUUGAAAGUCGCUUGGACGCCAAAAAGAGAAGCCAUUUUCUCAGACAAAAGGCGAAAAGGGAACAAGAUAAUUACAGCAACACCAACCCGGAAGAACUAACUUCGAAGUUCAAUUUCCCAGCUGUUCCCAAGACGUGA